GAUCCAAAAGCGAGGAGCUUCCGCCUAUUCACAGCAGACCGAACUCUGCCCACCAAGAGACGGCCACAGGGGGGAUAAGGACGCACGGUCUGCCCGAGAAAUACCCACACCUUUCUUGCUGAUUUUUACCCCUCACUCCCUCAGGAUAAAAAAAAAAAAAAAAGUUUAAAUCCCCCCCCCACAACCACACAGCCAAGAUGAGCAUGUUCGGCGGCUCUACGUCCAGACUGGCCUCUAUGGGCCAGCGGAGUAAUUCCCGGCCGGAUUUAUCGUCGUCCAGCUUCAGGAAUGAGGUGUUCAUGUCCGGGAACGGCUUCCAAGGAGGGGAUUUCCAGAUGGGAGACGGCGGGUACACGUACAAGUCGUCCUACUCCAGGUCCUCCAUGCACGGCCGAGGGGCCACCGGCGGACGGAAAAUGCAAGUUAGCAUGGGGGCUGGUGGAGGUAUAAGUGUGGAGGACAUUCAGGAGAAAGUAAUGCAGCUGAAAGCCAUGAGUCAUGAGUACCUGCAAAGAGCAAAGAUGAUCCUCCAGAGCGGUGGGCCACCCGCAGAGGCCGAGAAGAUGCUGAUAAUGGCAGCUGAACAUAUGGACAUGUUGAAGAUAUACGGCACGGAUCUCCAGCAGAUGCGCAUACCUAACGACGCCUUUGCCAGUUUAAACCAACUGGAACACAUGCUCGGCGGUAUGCAACAACAACUAGUGGGCAUCAUGACCAUCAAACGGAACACUGCUGGCAGUUUGGGUGCCACAGAGGGCAGCAGGCACUUCAAAGAUGCAAUGGCCUGGAUUAGCCAACAGAAACGAAUGAUUCAGACUGCUCCAUGGGGUGAGGACUCGGCCACCAUCGAUAAACAAAUCAUGAGCCACAACAAAUUCCACAGUACUAUUCAAAGGAGCCAGGAAGUAGACCGUGCCCGGGACGAACUGGGCAUGAGGGGUGAGAAGUCCAACCUUUACAUUAUGGAACAAGAAUGGGACAGUCUGCAGAAAAUGUCCCACAGCCGAGUGAAUCAGUUGCGGGAGCUGCAGAGCAUCAUCGAAGAGAUCUCCCGCGCCAUCAUGUGGGUGAAUGAGAAGGAGGAGGAAGAACUGGUCUUUGAUUGGGGUGACAAAAACAUUGAACAGUACAUCCCUAAGAAGCAAGAGAGCUACUCUAGGCUGAUGAAAGAUCUGGAGGAGAAGGAAAAGGAACUUAACAAGCUAAAGGUCAAAGCAGAUACCCUACUAAGCAACAACCAUCCAGCCUCGGAUAAGAUUGAGGCGUAUAUGGACACCUUACAAACCCAGUGGAGCUGGCUUCUCCAGAUUACCAAGUGCAUUCACAUUCAUUUGAAGGAGAACGCUGCCUACAGCCAAUUUUUCAAAGAGGCGAAUGAGACCUAUGCGAAGCUGAAAAAGGACCGCGAUACCAUCCAGACUAAAUUCACAUGCAACAAGAACACCCCACUGGAAAACCUUUUGGAGCUCCUGAAACUCUUGGAGAAAGAAAAAGAGCGCAUCAUGGAGAAUAAGAGACAGGUACAAAGCCUGGUCAACAAGUCCAAGACUAUUGUAAGGCUGAAACCACGGAACCCUGAGGAGCCGACAACAACCAGCAAUCCCAUCAUGGUCCAAGCUUUGUGCGACUUCAAGCAGGACCAGAAAGGGAUACUGAAAGGGAAUGAGGGUAUACUGAAAGACAACACACAGCGCAGCAAGUGGCUCGUGACCGGACCAGGCGGUCUGGACAUGUUGAUUCCCUCUGUGUGUCUGUUAAUUCCACCUCCAAACCCCCUCAGUAUCGGCCUCGCCAACAAGAAUGAGCAGUACUAUGAGGCCAUCCUGGGCAUCUGGAAUCAGUUCUACAUUAACAUCAAGAGCCUCAUCUCAUGGCAGUACUGCCUCAAAGAUGUCAACUACAUCAACUCUCUCACUUUCUCCAUGAUAUCUAAAAUGCGUCCCGAGGAGUAUCGCAGCAUCAUCAAAAGACUGGAGACCCACUACCAAGAGUUCCUGCGUACCAGUCAAGGUUGUGACCUUUUUGGGGAAGAGGAUAAAAUCACUAUCCAGAACAGCUUUGAUAAAGCCCAGAACCAUUAUGAUACCCUGGUUGUCCAGCUGACCGGCUACAAAGAGGAUACCAACAAGGAAAGCAAACCUGCACCUCCCAAAAUCCACGCACUUAGCAUCGCUCUGCUCAGCAGCUUGCAGGAGCUCCGGCGGAGACUGGAGCUGGCAGAGUCUGGACUCACUGGCCAUCUGCACAUUUGCUCGGGAGAAAACAGUUUGAAAGACUGCUUGUUUCACAUUGAACAACUGCAGAUUGUGCACCAAGAUCUGGACUCCAUUCAUGACGAGUACCUGCGCCUGAGAGAGAAGAUUCUGAAGCAGCUCGAAGGGAUCCCUCCUGACUCUGAGCAAGCCAAGUUCCUCCGUUCAGAGCUGGAAAUCAUCAGCCAGAAGCUGGGUGGUCUGCAGGGGCUCUACUCAGCUUACAUCCAAAGACUGUCAGCGCUGAAGUCCUUGCUCGAGUCACUCCUCCAGGUUGAAGACAUCGUCAAAGUCCACGAGGCCCGUCUGACAGAAAAAGAAACCACCUCGCUCGACAUGCGUGAGCUGGACAACUACCAGAGUACUCUGAAGCAAAUGAAAAUUGACCUUGACCACAAAAAAGACUUGCUGACCAAUAUGGAAUCUGAGCUGUCCAAAGCAGUUCAAUGGAACGGUCAAGUCUCAGAGUCCUUCCACAGGUGCGAUGUGGAUUUGUCGAAAUACGCAGAGCUUGUAGGUCAACUGUCUGACCGCUGGCGCCGCAUUCAAACACAAAUUGACACCCGAUUGUGGGAUUUGGAGAAGCACGAAAAGCAGCUGAAAGAUUACCAGCAUAAAAGUGUUUCCAUUGACCAGUGGAUAAGCAAUGCCCAGAAGCGUCAGGACGGCCUUCAGGCUGUUAAACUCACCAACAUCCAGAUGGUCAUGGACUACCUCAACCAGCAGAAGAUACUUCACGGUGAAAUUAAAGGAAAGAAGGACAAGGUUGAGGAUGUCCAGAAAGAUGCAGACACUUGCGCUGCCUCUAUUAAGGACUAUGAACUGCAGCUGGCUUCGUACAGUUCCGGCCUUGAAACACUCCUUAAUAUUCCAAUCAAGAGAACCAUGCUGAAGUCCCCUGCUGCUGUUAUCAGACAAGAGGCAUCUGACAUCCAAUCCCACUACAUCGAGCUCCUUACCCGCUCAGGUGAUUACUACAAGUUUCUUGGGGAACUGCUGAAGAACAUGGAAGAGCUGAAGAUUAGGAACACAAGGAUUGAGCUGCUGGAGGAGGAACUAAGACGCCUCAAGGAGCAGCUUGGAGAUAGUGGCGGGAAAAAUAAGUCACUGGAGGAGGCCUUGGCCCGCCUUAAGCUAGAGCUCAGCCAGUCAAAAGACCAGCUCAUAUCACUAGAAGAAGUGAAGAGAACCACGUCAAUUCAAGUGUCUGCCGCCAAGGAGAGCCUGGAAGGUACCCACAACCAGAUCCAAGAGCUGACUGACCAGCUCAACCGAAUUAAGUACCAGCUGGAGGAAGAAAAGAGGAAAAAGCGGCUUGCCGAAGAGCGCUACACCAGCCAACAAGAAGAGUAUGAGGCGGCUGUCCGCCGCAGACAGAAAGAGCUGGAUGAACUUAACUGGAUCAAGAUUGACUUAGAGAAGACUGUCAAGGAUAAGGAACGGGAACUUGAGAGGCUGAAGAUACUGCUGGAGGAGGAGGCGGCACUACGCCGCAAUGCUGAGUCAGAUAUUUCAAAGGUAAGAACACAGUGCACCCAGGAGAUCAGUCAACUUAAGCAAACGUAUGAGACCCAGAUCCAAGUCACCAAGACCACCGUCCUGAAAGCCUCGCAGCAGAAGGAAGAGGACUCGGCUGAGCUAAGGCGGCAGUACGAGAAGCUCACCGGAGAGAAAAGAGAUCUUGAAGAUGAGCUCCGGAGACUCAAACUCUCCAUCGCCCACGCUGAAGAGCAGAAAACCAGAGCGGAGCUGGAGACUAACCAGCAGAGGACUUCGUUGACUCAAGAGACAAGGAUGCGGAGUGAGCUGGAAGUGCAAAUCAGGAAGAUCACUCAACUAAGAUCUGAGGAUGAGCUCAAGCUUAAGGAGGCUAACAAAAAUAUUCAGGAAAAAGGUCGGCAGAUCAGCAUGCUUACACAUGAUGUAGAAGAGGAAGGAAAGAAGAGGAGGGCCUUAGAAAUGGAAAUAAAUCUGCUGAGACAAUCUGAGGCAGAGCUAAAGGCGAAGAACAAUUCCUGUCUGGAGACGAUUAACAAGUUAAAAUUGUCUGAGAAGGAGAUCCGCAUCACCCGGGUGGAAUUGGAGAAGCAGACAAGUGACCGAAACAAGGCAGAGCAAAGUGCUGUGAGGCUCCAGAGCCGUAUUCGAGAACUACAAUGUUCUCUGGAUGCAAUGGGAGCAGAGGUGGAGAAGCAAAAGAAGGCAACCCAAGAAGAGUUCACACGCAGAAAGAGGCUGGAAUCAGAAUUAGAGAGGGUGACACAAACUUGCAAAGAGUACACCACCACAAUCACAAGUCUCAAGUCAAUGCAGCUCCAAGUUUCAAACAAUGAAAGAAAGUAUGAACAAGAUCUCAGAGCUCUUCAGGAGGCUCGAGACAAGAGCCUAAAGGAGCAUAAACUUACCAAAGAUGAACUGGCAGCUGUGACCGCUGAGCUGAAGACACUGAAACAGAAGCUUCACCAAGAUCAACUCCAGAUUGUGGAACUCAACCAGCGCAGUGAAAGUCAGUACAAAACCAUCGAGGACAAAACCCACCAUCUUAAUCAAUGCACCAUUGAAAUAGAACGUCUGAAGAUUCUCACAGACAACUUGACAAAGGAGAGACUGAGGUUGGAGGAUGAGUUGAGGAUCCUUAGGCAGGAGAGAGAUCAGCUGAGGCUUAGCAGGGAUGCCAUUGAUGGUGAAAAUGCCUCUCAGAUUUCAGCCUUACAUGUCCAACUUCAGAGUAGUAACAAGAGGACAGCGGAGCUCCAGGCUCUCAUCAACGACCUGACCAAGGAGAGAGAAAAGCUAAUGGUCGAAAUAGACAAAUUCCAAAAGCAGUCCUUUGAGACAUCCAUCAUGGUGCACGAGUCUCAAAGCAAGUACAGUGAAGUGUUGCUUGAGAGAGAUGAUUUGCUUUCAAAGCUGAAGUUGCUGGAACAGGACAAACACCGCCAGAAGCGCCUUGAAGACGAAUUGUCCCGUGUCAAACACUCUUUGGAGACUGAGCUUCGCAAUAAGCAGCGCUUAAUCGAUGAGAAAAAUAAUGUUCUAAAGGAUUUCAAUCUUUUGAAGAGCCAGUAUGAGCUGAAAGAGACUCAGCUCAGGCAGUGGGAGUUGGAUAGGUCCAAAACAGAUCAAGAUAGGUUGGGUCUAAAAAAUGAGAUUGAGAGGUUGAUGAGAGAGCUUAGAACUGUUGAGGAACGUUAUAAAAGCAGGUUGAUGAGCUCUGAGAAGGAAGUGACAGAGCUCACUCACAAAAGAGAUGUUCUGCAAAGGGAGAUAGAGAGGUUACAGAGAAGACCCAGUACGUUGAACAGGCAGACCCAGACAGAUAUGAAGAUUGCAACUAUUGACCCUUCUAAGCUUGUAUUUGAUGGGGUACGACGCAAAGUCACAGCCCACCAGCUUUGUGACUGCGGUAUUAUCAGCAAGGCGACUCUAGAACUACUGUUGCAGGGGAAAAAGACAGUGGAUGAGGUAGCCGUUGACAUUCAAGUAAAUUUAAAGGGUACAGGCAUUAUUGCUGGCAUGACAACAGGUUCUCAAGGGAAAAUGCCGUUCACCGAAGCGAAAAACAGAAAUCUCCUCAGCCCAGAAAGUGCGCUUAUGUUGUUGGAGGCUCAAGCAGCAACAGGCUACAUAGCAGACCCUGCUUUUAACGACAAGAUGCCUGUGGACACUGCUUGUUCCAGAGGGAUUGUGGAUACACAAGACAGAGACAUCUUGGUGAAAGCCGAAGCUGCAAGUGUUGGUUUCAAAGAUCCUUAUACGGGUAAAGUGUUAUCUGUGGGCCAGGCUUGCAAACAAGGCCGUAUUGACAAGGAGGCAGCACUCCGCUUGCUGCAGGCACAGGAGUCAGUUGGAGGCAUACUGGACCCUGUUCUGAGUGUGUUCCUGCCGAAAGAUUUGGCCCUCGAUCGCAAUCUUAUUGACGAGGAGCUCUACAGGGCUUUGAACAGAAGACCUGCAUGCUAUAUUGAUCCAACAACAGGAGAAAAGAUAAGCUAUAGUGACCUUAGGGCGAAGUGUAUUGUCGAACCUGUUCAUGGUUUACUCUUGCUUAAUGGCCCAGAAAAACCCAUGACCGUAAAGGGGCUUCGUGGACAAGUCUCUGUUACAGAGCUCAUACAAUCUGAAUUGCUUGACGAGACUGAUUUGCAAAAACUUAGACAAGGGGAACUCACAAGUAGAGAAAUUGAGGAGAAGCUGAAGACUUACCUCUAUGGAUCUACCUGUAUUGCAGGGAUCUAUGAUGAGGCCAAUGAAAGAAUAUGGCCUUUUUAUCAAGCAAUGAAGGAAGGUCUGCUUAUGAGGGGAACCACUUUAGAGCUUCUUGAAGCCCAAGCUGCAUCUGGCUUCAUUGUUGACCCAGUCAACAAUGUCUUCUUGACAGUAGAUGAGGCCACAAAGAGGGGUCUUGUAGGAAAAGAAUUUAAGAAUAAAUUGCUAUCAGCAGAAAGAGCAGUAACUGGAUACAAUGAUCCUGCAACUGGAAAGACAAUCUCCCUUUUCCAGGCCAUUGAAAAAGAUCUUAUUGAGAAAGGCCAUGGAAUCCGCCUGCUUGAGGCUCAGAUUGCCAGCGGUGGCAUUAUUGACCCAAAAGAAAGCCAUCGUAUUGAUGUCUCUGUUGCUUACAAACGAGGAUAUUUUGAUAAGGAGAUGAAUGAAAUACUAUCUUAUGAAGGGGAUGACACAAAAGGGUUCUUUGACCCUAACACAAAGGAAAACCUUACAUAUCUCCAGCUGAAGGAAAGGUGCAUUACUGAUGCCAAGACUGGCCUUAUACUCCUCCCUCUUAAAGACAAAACAAAAACUCAAACAUCACAAGAGAGCCGAAGCAAUGUCCUCCGCAAGAGGCGGGUAGUGAUUGUUGACCCAGACACUGGUCUGGAGAUGUCAGUGAGGGAGGCCUAUCACCGUGAGUUAAUCGACUACGACACCUUUCUGGACUUGUCAGAACAGGAAUGUGAAUGGGAAGAAAUCACCAUCAAAGGGUCGGAUGGCUCUACACGCUUGGUGAUAGUGGAUAGAAAGACGGGAACCCAGUAUGACAUUCAGGACUGCUUGGAACGGGGCAUUGUUGACCAGAACUCCCUUGAUAAGUAUCGGGCAGGAACGUUAACAUUGACCCAGUUUGCUGACCAUAUUUCCAGCAGAAGCAGCAGCACCGAGAUGACAAUUGCAACCAGCAGUGCUGAAGACGUGAUUACCUGCAGCAGUCCCACCCAGGCUAGACCGUCCUCUCCCACUGUUCGUAAACGCUUUGACAGUAUUUCCAUUACAGUCUCUCCCCCUGAGAUGUUUGAUGACCAGAGCCCAGUGGCAGCCAUAUUUGACACCGAGACUUUGGAGAAAAUAACCAUUCCCGAAGCACAUCGAAGAGGGAUAGUGGAUACCCUUACAGCACAGAGGCUCUUGGAGGCUCAGGCAUGCACCGGAGGAAUCAUCAAUCCUGCAACUGGCCAGAGGCUAACGCUGCAGGACGCUGUCCAUCAAGGUGUCCUCGACGAAGCCAUGGCCAAUAAGCUGAAGGCCUCGCAGAAAGCCUACCUUGGUUUUGAGGAUGUGAAAACUAAGAGAAAGAUGUCCGCAGCAGAGGCAGUGAAAGAGACAUGGUUACCUUACGAGGCUGGGCAACGGUUCCUGGAGUUUCAAUACUUGACCGGAGGCCUGGUAGAUCCUAGCACUGGACAACGCAUUACCAUUGAGGAUGCCAUCCGCAAAAGUUGGCUGGACGGGCUUGGGGCCCAGAAACUUCAAGAUACCCGUAACUAUCCCAAAAACCUGACUUGUCCCAAGACCAAACUGAAGAUCUCCUACAAGGAAGCCAUGGAUAGUUGCAUGGUAGAAGAGAGCAAUGGUAUGAAGAUGCUGCAGGCCUCCUCGGUGUCAUCAAAGGGACUCAGCAGCCCUUACAAUGUAUCCAACCCAGGCUCUCGUCCUGGAUCUCGAUCUGGAUCCCGAAGUGGAUCUCGGCGAGGCAGUGUAGAUUAUACAUCGACAUACACCUACUCGUUCUCCUCCAGCAGUACAGGUGCCACCUAUUAAUUGUCGUUAUUAGUGCAGCUUCAAACAACUUGCGAUUAGUAGAACUAUAUAUUUUAACAACCAUUUUUAACAUUUUCAAAAGGUUUUUCUGGUAUAUAUGGGAUGUUUUACAAAUUGAACAUGAUUCUGUCUGUGGAUGAGUAAUCUGCGGCUGUGUGUGUGUUUUUUUAUUUUCUUUAUUAUUAUUUUAGAUACACUUACUAUAAUUCACUGCCUUGCGUAAAUGAAUAUUUUCGUAAUAGCUUAUUUUAAUAUAUGGCUUAUUUUAGUACAGUCUUAUUUGAAAAUGCUUUUUCAACUCAGUUUUGUUCAAUCUUGCAUUUUUUUUUAAAAUAUCAGUUUGUUGGAAUGUGACUUUUGAUGUGUUUUAUCCUAAAACCAACAAAACAUUUAUAUUCCAUUGCUUUUGUGCCUUUAUACAUUGACUUGGUAAAGUACUGAUCAGCUUUAGAAAACACUACUGCCACUAGAUUUUACUAAUAGUGAAUGGAAAAGAAUAAAGAUAUUUCCAUUUUUUGA